AUGUACGAAUAUUUUGCUUUGGUAUUUGUCACUGUCGUGCAAGCAGACAAAUGGCCUGAUCCGAAGAAUGAUCCGUUAAUAUUUAUCGCAAACCCUAUUGAAGCUAAUAUGCCCGGACACUGGGUGCCUGGCAGUAUAGUAAAAGCUAUUUUGGUAGGAUCGCCUAAAGUCGCAAAUAUGGCACCUAACACCACGAUUAAAACCUUAACUAAAACCACAACUAAAACCACAGCUAAAACCACAACUAAAACCACAACUAAAUCCACAACUAAAACCACAACGACUUUAACUUGGUUCACGCAUGCACUGCAAGGGUUAAAAUAUAAAGAAAAUUCAACGAAGCAAUCAACUGUGAAAAAAGAUAAUAGUGAGAGCUUUUCAGAGUCUGGAAGUAAGGCCACCUCUGUAGAAAAUAAAUCGAACAAGAAGUCUGAAGAACAAACAGAAGUAGAACCAGAAUCAACACCAGAACCUGAACCAGAAUCUACACCCGAACCAGAAGUUACACCAGAACCAGAUUCUACACCCGAACCAGAAGUUACACCAGAACCAGAUUCUACACCAGAACCAGAAACAGAAUCUACCCCAGAACCAGAAACAGAAUCUACCCCAGAACCAGAAACCGUACCUACAACUGCAACUCAACGUAGAACUACAUUAAAGCGAAAGAAGAAUGACAGGGGUAGUAAUGUAAAUGCAAAAUGA